UCAAAGUCAAAAAGUUUAGAUAAGUAGUAUUCUGAGAAGCAAUCGAUGUUGAAAGUUGAUAUUUUAUGUUUACAAUUAAUUUUAACGACUAAAAAGUGAAUAUUACAAUUUAAAUAUCAAAAUAUGGAUGAAGAAUUAGGUGGAUUGACGGAAGAUGAUUUCUUGUUGCCCCCUGUUAAAUACGAGUACUUGGACCAUACGGCUGAUGUGCAAUUACAUGCAUGGGGGGACACUCUGAAGGAAGCAUUUGAGCAGUGUGGUAUGGCUAUGUUUGCAUAUAUGACAGAAAUGCCAUAUGUGGAAAUCAAAGAAGUGCACACAAUAGAAGCCAAUGCAGAUGACUUGAUGGGCCUCCUGUACCACUUCCUCGAUGAACUGCUUUUCCUAUUUUCAGUUGAACCAUUCUUAAUAUGUAAAAAGUUAGUGAUAACAGAAUUUAAUACAGAAGAAUUCAGAAUAGUCUGUAAGUGCUAUGGAGAAGAGUUUCAACUUGGCAAGCACCCACAGGGAACUGAAGUCAAAGCAAUCACUUACUCGGCCAUGCAAAUAAUUGAUGAACCAAAGGAUAAUAAGUAUGAAGUGUUUGUUAUUAUUGAUAUUUGAGAAAUUAUAUAUUUUGUUACAACA